AUGCUCUCCUUAUAUUCAAAACAAGCCUUCAAGACCCAAAUCUCGUUCUAUCCACAUGGAAAGCUGAAGAAGAUGAUUGCUCGUCUUUCCCUUCAAGAUGUUGGAAGAUGUACAGUUGAAAACCCACAGUGGUUGUCUUCUUUAUCUCACUUAAAGGAACUUGGAAUGGAUGGGAUUUCCCUUGCCAAAGCAAACGAGUGGGUAAAUGUUAUUUCAACUCUCCCAGAACUAUCAUCGUUAAGUUUAAAGGGAUGUGAGCUGUCACAGGUCAUGUAUCCAUAUUCUUCUUCAUUUCUCAACUCUUCUUCUUCAUCUAUUGAACACCUUUAUCUUGGAAACAACAGUCUCACCUCAUCCAUGUAUCAUUGGCUAUUCCCAUUAACCAGCAAUAAGCUUCAUGUUCUUGAUCUCUCAGGGAACAUGUUAUAUGGGAUACCUAAAUAUCUUGGUAACUUCUGUAGUUUGGAAACUUUGUACUCCGAUAACAACUUUGCUGUUGUCAAAGCUCCUGAUUUUCUUAACAACUUGUCGCCUGGAUGCUCAUUGCUAACAUUUCAAGACUUGGCUAUUCAAAGAAGCCAAUUUACAAGGUCAAUGUAUGAUGAGAUCCAAAAAAAUUCAUCCCUAUCGUUUAUGGAUCUAUCAGAUAAUUAA